AUGUCGGGGCUCCACGGAGGAAAGAGUUUGCGAGGCAGAGGCGAAAUGAGCCGCAUCCUCAAGCCAGAUAAAACCCCGGAGCGGUGCCCAGCGGGCCCGGCCCCGCCCGCCGCGGCCCCACCUGCGAGGGGGCGUGGCCUGGCGGCGCGGGCCAAUCAGCGCGCACCUGCGCUCACCUGGACCCGCGCGGGCGGCCGCGAGUCGCGCUGCUCACUCGCGCUCCGAGGGCCCCGCGAGCCUGGCGCGCCGUCGCGGCCGCCGCCACCGCUGUCUCCGGCCAUGGGGCUCCCCGCGAACGUGCCUCUCGCGUCCCUCCUCGCCCGCCUCUUCCUCCUGCUGCAGGCGCAGCAGGUUUGCUGGCCGCCCCGCCGGGCGGCCUUUGCCGAGGCCGAAGUGACCUUGCCGGCGGCAGGCGCGGAGCUGGACCCCCUCCAGGCGCGGGGGCACGUGGCUUAUGGAGGAUGCCUGGAGCAGAAGCCCACCCUGCCUGCGACCAGCCCCAGCUUCAGUGAGCUGAGCCGUAGAGCAGUCCAGGUAGAGACAGAGAGGCUUCGCCGCCCUGCCUCCACAGCCGGAUUACGACGACGCAAGAGGGAGUGGGUGGUGCCCCCGAUCUCUGUCCCUGAGAAUGGCAAAGGGCCCUUCCCCCAGAGGUUGAAUCAGCUGAAGUCCAACAAGGACAAAGGCACCAAGAUCUUCUACAGUAUCACAGGGCCCGGGGCAGACAGCCCCCCUGAGGGCGUCUUCACCAUAGAGAAGGAGACGGGCUGGUUGAUGCUGAACAAGCCGCUGGACCGGGAGAAGAUUGCCAAGUACGAGCUCUUUGGCCACGCCGUGUCGGAAAACGGGGCCUCCGUGGAAGAGCCCAUGAACAUCUCCGUCAUCGUCACCGACCAGAACGACCACAAGCCCCAGUUCACCCAGGAGGUCUUCCGAGGCGGUGUCUCCGAAGGGGCGUUGCCUGGCACCUCUGUGAUGCAGGUGACAGCCACGGACGAGGACGAUGCCAUCCACACCUACAACGGGGUGGUUGCUUACUCCAUCCACAGCCAGGAGCCCAAGGACCCCCACGCCCUCAUGUUCACCGUGCACCGGAGCACGGGCACCAUCAGCGUCGUCUCCAGUGGCCUGGACCGGGAGAGAGUCCCCGAAUACAGGCUGACCGUGCAGGCCACAGACAUGGACGGCAGUGGCUCCACCACCACCGCCACAGCCAUCGUGGAGGUCCUCGACGCCAACGACAACCCUCCCGUGUUCGAGCCCCAGGAGUACGAGGCGCACGUGCCCGAGAACGCCGUGGGCCAGGAGGUGCAGAGGCUGACAGUGACCGAUCUGGACAUCCCCAACUCGCCGGCGUGGCGUGCCACCUACCGCAUCGUGGGCGGUGACGAGGGCCACUUCUCCAUCACCACCGACCCUGAGAGCAACCAGGGGAUCCUGACGACCAGCAAGGGCUUGGACUUCGAGACCAAGAGCCAGUACAGCCUGUCCGUGGAGGUGACCAAUGAGACCCCCUUCGUUGUGAAGCUCCCAACCUCCACAGCCACCGUCGUGGUCCUCGUGGAUGACGUGAACGAGGCCCCCGCGUUUGUGCCGCCCUCCAGGGUGGUGGAGGUCCCAGAGGACGUGGGUCCCGGGGAGUCCGUGUGCGUCUACACGGCACAGGACCCAGAUCGGGGGACUCAGAAGAUCAGUUACCGCAUCCUGCAAGACCCGGCUGGGUGGCUCACGAUGGACCCUGACAGCGGGCAGGUCACUGCUGCCGGUGGCCUGGACCGCGAGGACGAGCAGUUCGUGAGGGACAACAUCUACCAAGUCACAGUCUUGGCCACGGAUGAUGGGAGCCCCCCCACCACUGGCACCGGCACGCUCCUGCUGACGCUCAUUGACGUUAACGACCACGGCCCGGUGCCCGAGCCCCGCCACAUCACCAUCUGCAACAGGGACCCUGCACUGCAGGUGCUGAACAUCACUGACCGCGACCUGGCGCCCCACACGGCCCCCUUCCGGGCGCGCCUUGCACAUGACUCCGACGUCUCCUGGAGCGCCGAGGUCAGCGACAGAGGAGACGCUGUUGCCCUGUCCCUGAAGAAGUUCCUGAAGCAGGACACGUACGACGUGCACCUGGCCCUGUCCGACCACGGCAACAGGGAGCAGCUGACGGUGAUUAGGGCCACUGUGUGCGACUGUCACGGCCACGUAAACGAAUGCCCCGACCACUGGAAAGGGGGCUUCCUCCUGCCCGUCCUGGGGGCCGUGCUGGCUCUGCUCGUGCUCCUGCUGGUGUUGCUCCUGCUGGUGCGCAGGAAGCGGAAGGUCAAGGAGCCCCUGCUGCUCCCGGACGACGACACGCGCGACAAUGUCUUCUACUACGGCGAAGAGGGGGGUGGCGAGGAGGACCAGGACUACGACAUCACUCAGCUGCACCGGGGCCUGGAGGCGCGCCCGGAGGUGGUUCUCCGCAAUGACGUGGCACCCACUUUCAUCCCCACCCCCAUGUACCGGCCCCGUCCGGCCAACCCUGACGAGAUCGGCAACUUCAUCAUCGAGAACCUGAAGGCGGCCAACACGGACCCCACGGCGCCCCCCUACGACUCCCUGCUGGUCUUCGACUACGAGGGCAGCGGCUCUGACGCGGCCUCCCUCAGCUCCCUCACGUCGUCCGCCUCGGACCAGGACCAGGACUACGACUACCUGAACGAGUGGGGCAGCCGCUUCCGCAAGCUGGCCGACAUGUACGGGGGCGGCCAGGACGACUAGGCCCCCGGCCCGGCUCAGCCGAGGACUCGCGCUUGUUGAGAAAUGGCCCCGUCAACCGAGCAAGUCAGAGGGGGGAGGCCAGAGCCCGGCGUCCCGGGGCUGGAUUCUGAGCCUGUCUGAUGGAGGGGACUGCGCCCCUCAGUGCC